AUGGGACUGACGGAGCUGCUGCUCGGACUGCUGUGGUUCCGCUCUGCUGUGCUCUGUGCAGCAGGCUGCAGUGAGCAGGUGGAGGUCCAUACAGAGCGGAGGGGUGUGAUCUACAGCCCCUCCUGGCCUUUAAACUACCCCCCUGGAGUCAACUGCAGCUGGCAUAUCCAGGGGGGUCACGGCGAGGUCAUUACCAUCAGUUUCCGUAGCUUUGACCUGGCCGAGUCGGGAAAUUGUCUGGGAGACUGGCUCCUGCUGACCCCUACGUGGAACGGGGAAUCCAGGCUGUGCGGCUCCAUCGUGCCUCCACCCGUCAUUUCCACCAGGGGGCGUGUUUGGCUCUACUUCCACUCUCAAGCCAACAGCUCUGGGCAAGCCCAGGGCUUCCGCCUCUCUUACAUCAGAGGUCACCUGGGUCAGAGCAGCUGUCAGUCAGAUGAAUUCCUGUGUGGGAACGGGAAGUGUCUUCCUCGCUCGUGGAAGUGCAACGGUCAGGAUGAAUGCGGCGAUGCCACCGAUGAACGUAGCUGCUCCCCUCCUCCCACUGAGGCCCAGCAUGGCGUCUGCCCCUUUGGCUCCCUGCCAUGCACUGAGGUCCAGUCCACCCGCUGUCUGCCUGCUGCCCUGCACUGCAACGGAGCUCGAGACUGCCACGAUGGAACUGAUGAGCUGGGCUGCCCCGACACCACCUGUGGAAAACGCCUGGGGAACUUCUAUGGCUCCUUUGCUUCCCCAGAUUUUUUCCAGGCUAAUCGCAGCGCUGUUACGGAGCUGAGAUGUUCCUGGCUGCUGGACACCCAGGACCCCAAACCCAUUGUGCUGCAGCUGGACCUGCAGCUUGGGCCCGGAGAUUCACUGCAUGUUUACAAUGGCCUUCUGCAGCAGGCAGAGCAUCUCUUACAGGUGUUGUCGUAUCAUAACAACAGGCGCCUGGCACUGCUGGAGUCGAGUCGGGGGCAGAUGAGUGUGCUGUACAUGGCUCAGCCUCACAGCCCUGGACGUGGCUUUAACGCCACAUACCAGGUCAAAGGUUAUUGUUUUCCUGGCGAGCAUCCCUGCGGCAGCGAUCAGGGCUGCUACUCGGAGCGCCAGCGCUGCGAUGGCUACUGGCACUGCCCGUCUGGCCGCGACGAGGAAGCCUGUCCGAUGUGCCCUGAUGGGGAGUUUCCCUGCGAGGGUGGUACCGGAGUGUGCUACCCGGCCUCAGAGCGCUGCAACAACCAGAAGAGGUGCCCGGAUGGGUCAGAUGAGAAGAACUGCUACGACUGCCAACCUGGAAACUUCCAUUGUGGGACUAACCUCUGCAUCUUUGAGACGUGGCGUUGUGACGGCCAGGAGGACUGCUUAGACGGGAGCGAUGAGAGGGACUGCCUGGCUGCAGUACCCAGGAAAGUCAUUACUGCCGCCCUGAUCGGCAGUCUGGUCUGUAGUCUGCUGCUGGUCAUUGCCCUCGGCUGUGCCCUCAAACUCCACUCGCUCAGGAGCAGAGAGUACAGAGCCUUUGAGACUCAGAUGACUCGCAUGGAGGCAGAGUUUGUUCAGAGAGAGGCUCCCCCCUCCUAUGGUCAGCUGAUCGCCCAGGGUCUCAUCCCUCCAGUGGAGGAUUUCCCAGUGUACAACCCCACCCAGGCCUCCAUGUUACAGAACCUGCGGCUGGCAAUGCGCAGGCAGAUCAGACGUCAUUCCACGCGGCGCUCCACCUCCUCCUCCUCUCGACGGCGUCUCGGGCAUCUGUGGAAUAGCCUGUUCCGCAGUGGAGGGAGAUCCAGAGGCCACGCCCCACUGCUGGAUCCCCCUGGACCCACACAGGUCACACUGGGGCUCCACAGCUACCGGACUGUGGGGGAGCAAGGGCCUCAGGCCAGGGCCAGGGCUCAUCUUGGGGAUGAGGUUGACAUGGCGGGUAUGCCAGGCCCUUACUGCUCAGCCACCAUGGACCUGCAGCCCUGCACACCGGAGAGCCCUGCCUCUCCUCUUUCCUCGCAGUCAGUAGACAGUCCAGAGGAUGAGGAACCAUCACCUGUCAGCAGGGAAUUCACCAGGGCUCCACAGUCUGAGCCUCCCACUGCUGGUCAGAGUGACUCUUCGGCCCACAGUGGACUUCCCCGGACAUCACAGGAAGCCUCUGUGCCCCUAUGUCACCCUCGGGCAUCAAGAAAACUGGUUCUGGAGCUUGCAGUUAACCUUAAAGGCGUUUCCUUGAGACGUUACUCUCCUUUAGGUCCCUUGUCCCCUGUCUCACCCCCUGUAUUUCCCGGCUCUCAGACACCAACACCCCAGUCUCACCCACAGGGUCCAGAGGUGACUUCACCCACUGAGCCCUUGUCUUCUUCUGAGAAAGAUGAGGACAGUGACAGAAGAAACAGGGAUGAGAGGAGGAGGGAAGGCAAGACCAGGCUCUGCAGGUUCAGCAGGACCUAUAGUGAUGAGGGAGGAGAUUCAGGGAGGGAGACAACUCCUUCCUGA